GUGUGUGUUUCCUUACUUGGAAAUAAAUUUGAAAUAUAAUAUGGCCGACAUUGACGACGUUUAUGGAAUGUUGGGCUUCGGUCGCAUGCAGCGGACCAUCUUUGUGUGCUGCAUAUUGAUUCAGGCGUACAUUACCAACGAACAGAUGGGUUUGGCUUUGGUUGUGGCCUCGAGCGCCUGCGAUCUGCACAUAGAUGAUCACCGCAUGUCCUGGCUAAUGAGCGCCGUCUUUACCGCUCAGAUCCUGGCGAGCCACUACAUGGGCGACAAGGCUGAUGAGAUCGGGAGACGCAAACUGAUGCUCAUAUCGGGGUCACUGAUGAUUCUCUCUUCUCUUCUCUCGGCCCUCAUGCCCGAGUUUUGGUCCUUUUUGGUGAUGCGCUUCCUAGUUGGUGUCUUUGUGAGUGGACCGGCAGUGGCUAUGCAGACCUACUUGAGCGAGUUCACAAAGUUCUCCCUGCGCCCCAAGGUGCUUAACUACGUUAGUUAUGCCAUAGGUCUUAGCAUGAUCAUUGUGCCAUGUACUGCUGCACUGAUCGACGUAAAUAUCCUCAUCUACAAUGAUUACGUCUUCUCUAGCUGGCGACUUCUGAUCCUGCUGAACCUGCUGCCUGGUUUGACUGCGUUCGUUAUGCUUUAUCGACUGCCCGAAAGUCCUAAGUAUUAUCUAUCGGUUAACGAGAAUGGCAAGGCCCUGGCGGUGCUGGAGGAGUGCUGCCGCAUAAACAAGGGCAAGGAUGUUACCUUGGCCAGUCUAGGAGUGAACUCCGUCACGCAGCCACGCUUGCGUGGUGCUACCAUCAAGCGGAACUGUGUGGCUCGCCUGUGGUACGAGUCGCUACCGCUCCUGCAAAAACCUUACGUUCGUAACUUUAUCCUCACGUCCACAGCUGUUUUUGUGCAAUUUGGCUUGAGUUUCGGACUGGGCGUUUGGAUGCUACGCAUACGCCAUCUUAUUCUUCAAGUGGAGGAGGACGAAACGAUCUGUGUGCUGAUAAAAGAGCAUGGAGAUAAGAAAAUGAAGCUUGCUACGUGUGAUUUACGCUUUGAAAAUGUGAUGGACUCCAUUUACCACGGUAUCUUUGUGCUUUUCCUCUUCAUUUUGACCAGCUUUCUCCUGAUGUGCAUUCGGCGCAGAACCAUAAUAUUGCUAUACCUUCUGUCGGCUGCCCUUGCUGGUUUCAUGUGCAAUUUUGCUCAGUACGAUACGCUGAUAUUGAUUGUAUUCCUGAUUGUCAUUGUUCCGCCGAUAUGCAGCCUGCGGCUCACCCUAUCGCUGCUCAUCGAUCUGGUUCCCACUCAUCUCAGGGGUAAAGCAGUUGCUCUGGCCUUGAUCUUCGGACGGGCAGGUGUUCUGUGUGCCAGUUUAUUCAUCGGCUAUACUCUGAGGGAUCAUUGCUAUUUCACCUUCAAUGGCUUUGCACUGGCCAUCACCGUUGCCACGAUCGUUAUUCUGCUGCUACCUUCCGAGAGUAAAAUGAUGGACCGUGUUUCCAACUAGGGUCACCUACUAGUCUGCCUGAAUACCCAUACCCAUGCCCAUCCUGAAGCAUCCCCUGCCUCAUCAACAGAAUAUACAGCAUGACGGUUACGUGAUAUGCGUUAUUAUUUGACAGGCAUGCUUCAUUAAAACUUUUUGGCAGCAGCUCGAAAGAAGUGGUUCGAUAUGGGGCGAUGUGCGCACAGUAAGGACAAGACAAGGGCAAUGGGGUUUCUUAACUGUCUAGCCAAUCAGUCAAUCAAUCAUUCAAUCAAUUGGGCGCACAGUACGAAGUGAAAAUUUUAUAUCCGCCGCCCCUACGGCAACAAAAAAGGAUUAUGGUUUGCCAUAGUUCAAAUAAUUUUUUUUUUUUUUUUCAUUUCUUCCCUCCAGCCAAGAAAAGUAAAAUAAACGUCA